GGGAGUGGGGUCUGACCGCAAAGUGUCUACUGUUUAAAAGAAAGGGACUUUACCCUCCCUCUCUCUCUCUUUCACUCAUUCCCUCUCUCAGCAUCAGCAGACACAGUGGCUGGAUGGAGCACAUGCAGUCAGAGUAGAGACACAGAGUGGAAUGACAGAACUGUCAUUUCUCUCGAGACACUUCAAGAAGCAAGUUACCGACGUGUGCAACCUUUGCUCGGUGUCACAUUUCAUGCCAUUGAGAGAGGCGCAUCUUUGAGCCUGUGGUAAAGGGACUGGUUUCACUAAGGUCUACAAGCAAACCCAGUAUCUUUAAACAGUCCUGUUUACAACUUGAGAAGAGUUCUCUGAGAGCACAUCAUCAUGGGGAUGCAAGGCCUACCCCUGGCCUUUGUAGCGGUGGCCCUCCUAGUCCACCUUUCUAGUGCAGGCCUGGUGAAAAGAGUAAUUAGACAUAGAAGAGAAUCACUGUCACCAACCACUGAGAAUUUGACAGUCCCAAGUCAUGAUCAGCCUGUGGUCUUCAACCAUGUAUACAAUAUCAAUGUCCCCUCUGGAUCCCUUUGCUCGGUGGACUUGGAUUCACCUGGAACAACAGAAAUGAAGCCCAGAUCUGAACAAUCUGACCAGCACAUAGAAAACACCAUGGAUGGGGACAAUCAGAUUGUUUUUACACAUAGGAUUAACAUUCCCAAGCAAGCUUGUGGUUGUGAUAACCAUCUGCCUGACCUGAAGGAUCUUCUGAACAGACUAGAUAUGCUGGAGGCGGAGGUGUCCAGUCUAAGAGAGCAAUGCACAAGUGGAGCAGGCUGCUGUGGUGCUCAAGUUGCAGGUGAAGUCACUACCAAACCCUACUGCAGUGGCCGGGGAAACUACAGCACUGACACCUGCAGCUGUCUGUGUGAGCCUGGUUGGAAGGGAUCUAACUGCUCUGAGCCAGAAUGCCCGAAUUUCUGCCAGGACCAAGGCCGAUGUGAGGAUGGCAAGUGUGUCUGCUUUGAUGGCUUCGGUGGUGAGGACUGUGGAAUUGAGCUGUGCCCUGUUGAUUGUGGGGAGAAUGGGGAAUGCAUUGAUGGGGCUUGCAUCUGUGAGGAGGGCUACAUCGGCGAGGACUGCAGUUUAACCAACUGCCCGAAUAACUGCCUCGGCAGGGGGCGCUGUGUGGAAGACGAAUGCGUUUGCGAUGAGCCCUGGACUGGGUUUGACUGCUCUGAGCUCAUCUGCCCUAAAGACUGCUUCGAUCGUGGACGCUGUGUCAAUGGAACCUGCUUUUGUGAUGAGGGCUUCACUGGGGAAGACUGUGGGGAGCUUACCUGUCCCAAAAACUGCAACCACCAUGGCCGGUGUGUGAAUGGCCAGUGUGUCUGCAACAUCGGCUACAGUGGAGAAGACUGUUCCAAGCUUACCUGUCUCAACGAUUGCAGUCAGAGGGGUCACUGUUUCAAUGGAAAGUGUAUUUGUGACCCUGGGUUCGAGGGUGAGGACUGUAGUGUUCUCUCCUGCCCUGACAAUUGCAAUGACAGGGGACAAUGUGUGGAAGGUGAGUGUAUUUGUGAUGCUGGAUAUGAAGGGGACGAUUGCUCUGAGCUUUCCUGCCCCAAUAACUGCCACGGUCACGGGCGAUGUGUCAACGGCCAGUGCAUUUGCAAAGAGGGCUUUGCUGGAGAAGAUUGCAGCAUCAAGACCUGUCCCAAUGACUGCCAUGGGCAUGGUCAGUGUGAAGACGGCAAAUGCGUCUGCACAGAGGGCUUCACCGGAGAGGACUGCAGCAUCAAGACCUGUCUCAAUGACUGCAACGAGCGUGGACUGUGCGUGGAUGGAAAAUGCAUUUGUGAAGAGGGAUUCACUGGAGAGGACUGCAGCAUCAGGACCUGUUUGAAUGACUGCAAUGAUCGUGGACUGUGUGUGGAUGCCCAAUGCGUUUGUGAAGAGGGCUUUACUGGAGAGGACUGCAGCAUAAAGACUUGUCCCAAUGACUGCCAGGGCCGUGGACAAUGUGUGGAUGGGAAAUGUGUUUGCCACACCGGCUUUACUGGGGAUGACUGCAGUGAGUUGACUUGCCCCCAUAACUGCCAUAACAAAGGACUUUGUGUAAAUGGCCAAUGUGUGUGUCACAGCGGCUUCACCGGAGAGGACUGCGGUAAAAAGACAUGUCCCAACAACUGUCUGGAUCAUGGGUUCUGUGAAGACGGAAAGUGUGUGUGCUUUGAAGGCUACACUGGCGUGGAUUGCGCUGAGCUGACCUGCCCAGGAAACUGCAAUGACCAAGGCCAAUGUCUGAAUGGAAUAUGCAUUUGUGAUUUAGGCUUCACUGGCGAGGACUGCUCUGAUGUCUCCCCACCCAGAGACCUGACUGUUACUGUAGUUGACCCAGAAACAGUGGACAUCUCCUGGGUCAAUGAGAUGGUUGUAACCGAGUAUCUUAUCACCUACGUGCCAACGGCUCCUGGUGGUUUGGAGAUGGAAAUGAGAGUGUCUGGUGAAAAGAAGACUGCAACCAUUAAAGAGCUUGAGCCUGGCAUAGAGUAUCUAAUCAGUGUCUUUGCUAUCCUGAACGGCAAAAUGAGCGUUCCUGUCAGUGCCAGAAUAGCCACACAUCUUCCUGAACCCGAGGGACUGAAAUUCAAAUCUGUAAAAGAGACAGCAGUGGAGGUUGAGUGGGACCCCUUGAACAUUCCAUUUGAUGGCUGGAACCUUAUAUUCAGAAACACAAAAGAAGAGGAUGGAGAGAUUCUGAACUCUCUCACCCCACCUGAGACCACCUUUGAGCAGUCUGGUCUUGGACCUGGUCAAGAGUAUGAGGUCAAACUGGAGGCUGUAAAAAACAACACCCGGGGACCCCCAGCCAGCAAAAACGUAGUGACAAUGAUUGACGCUCCCAGCCAGGUGGAUGUACGUGAUGUGACAGACUCUACAGCCCUUAUCACCUGGCUACAGCCUGUAGCUCAUGUGGACGGUAUCUCCAUGUCCUAUGGCCCAAACAAAGACUCCUCGGACAAGAAGACGAUCGAGCUUUCCCCCAUGGAUCCCCAGUACCAUUUGUCUGAGCUGCAUCCUGACACUGAGUAUGAAGUGUCUCUAAUGGCCCGCCGGGGAGAGAUGACCAGCUUUCCUAUAUAUGAAACCUUCACAACAGACCUGGAUCCCCCUAAGCAUCUAAAGACAGUGGAAGAGACAGCUGAAAGCAUUACUCUGGAAUGGAUAAACAGCAAAGCCAAUGUCCCCAGUUAUCGCAUCAAAUACGGCCCACUGUCUGGAGGGGAGCAUGGAGAACUGGUCCUCCCCAGUGGCCCACAAGGCACCACUCAGGCUAAAAUCACCGGUCUCCGACCUGGGAAUGAAUACGGAAUGGGGGUAACCGCUAUAAAGGACGAACGUGAGAGCAUGCCUGCAACGACCAAUGGUGUAACUGUUCUUGAUGCUCCUAAAGAACUCCAAGUCACUGAGACCAAAGAGACCACACUGAUGCUGGUUUGGAGGAGACCGGUGGCCAAGAUCGAUUACUUUAGACUUGUGUUUGUAUCACCUGAUGGCAAGAAAACCGAGACGGAGGUACCGGGCGGUGUCAAUACCCACACCCUUGUGAACCUGAACCCAGGCACGGUGUACACCAUCACCCUGAUUGCUGAGAGAGGACGAAUGAAGAGUGCUCCAGUCACUCUCUCUGCAUCCACAGAUGAGGAGAAGCCUCAGGUGGGGAACAUCACCAUCUCCAACGUAUCUUGGGACAGCUUCAGCGUGUCAUGGGACGUGGAAGGAAAAGAGUUUGAUGGCUUCCUUGUUGAAGUCUCUGACCCUGAUGGCCUGUCAGAUGGCCAGAACCACAGUCUCUCAGGCCAGGAAUUCAACCUGGCUGCCACGGCCCUCUCCCCUAGUACUUUCUACAGGGUCGCUCUUUAUGGCAUGUUCAAGGGAGAUUUAAUUGACCCUGUCUUUGCUGAAGCCGUCACAGAGGCUGAACCUGAAGUGGAGCAUCUGCUGGUCUUGGACAUCACCCCACACAGCUUAAAACUGGCCUGGACAGCCCCAGAAGACGUCUUUGAUGCGUUUUCUAUCAAAGUCAUUGAUUCGAAUGGAUUAGGCGAACCUCACCACAUCAGUGUGUCCGGAAAUAAAAGGACAGAAGUGGUUUCAGGUCUUAAUGAAGAUACGGAAUACGAAAUUGAGCUCUUUGGGACCAUUUUGGGACGCAAAUUCCAGCCUAUUUUGGCUGUAGCUCGAACAGGUCUGGGUACGCCCAAAGGGAUAAGCUUUUCUGACGUGAUGGAUACAUCGGCUACUGUUCACUGGAAAUUACCUGGUAACCAAGUAGACAGCUACCGGGUCACCUAUGUACCCAUUCAGGGUGGCAGCCCGCUGACACUGAGAGUAGAUGGAGGAGAGUCUCAGGCUUUGUUGCAAAAUCUGACCCCUGGUGUGACCUACCAGGUCACUGUUAUUGCUGUGAAGGGCCUGGAGGAGAGUGAGCCAGGAUCUGAAAGGGUCACAACAGCCCUGGAUAAACCACGAGGCCUGACAGCUGUCAACAUCACAGACACUGAAGCUCUGCUAGUGUGGCAGCCUUGCAUCGCUACUGUGGACGGAUAUGUUAUCACUUACAGUGCAGACAAUGUGGAGCCAGUGAUGGACAGGGUAUCGGGGAACACUAUGGAGUUUGAUAUGAGCUCUCUCACACCUGCCACUCUAUACACAGUAAAGGUCUAUGCAGUCAGAGAGGCAGCCAAGAGCGCUCCAACUACCACAGAGUUUACCACAGAUGUUGAUGCUCCCCAGAACCUGGCUGCCAAUAAUAUUCAAACAGAGAGCGCAAUGUUAACAUGGCAACCACCGAGAGCAGACAUCAGUGGGUAUAUCCUCAGCUUUGAGUCUGCUGGUGGCAUUAUCAGGGAGGUAGUCCUUAGCCCCACAGCAACAUUUUACAGCUUGUUGCAGCUGACUGCCUCCACAGAGUACACAGUAAAACUUCAGGCCAUUGCUGGGCCAAAGAGAAGCAGAAUCAUCUCUACAGUUUUUAGCACCACUGGAAUAUUGUACAAGCACCCCAAAGACUGCUCACAGGCUCUGUUAAAUGGGGAAACGACCUCAGGCUUGUACACUAUUUACCUGCGUGGAGAUGAGAGCCAGCCCCUGCAGGUCUACUGUGAUAUGACCACUGAUGGAGGCGGAUGGAUUGUGUUUGUUAGACGUCAGAGUGGUAAAGUGGAGUUUUUCAGAAACUGGAGGAACUACACUGCAGGCUUCGGUGACCUGAAUGAUGAAUUCUGGCUGGGUCUCUCUAACCUCCAUAAGAUCACAUCAAAUGGCCAAUAUGAACUACGUGUGGACCUGAAAGAUAAGGAUGAGUCUGCAUAUGCACAAUACGACAAGUUUUCAAUCUCAGAACCACGCAGUCACUACAAAGUCCAUGUAGGAGGAUACACUGGCACAGCAGGUGACUCAAUGACUUAUCACAAUGGCCGCCCAUUCUCCACCUACGAUCAUGACAAGGACAUAGCUGUCACCAACUGUGCUCUAUCUUAUAAGGGAGCAUUCUGGUAUAAAAACUGUCAUCGAGUGAAUAUUAUGGGCCGAUAUGGAGACAACAGUCACAGCAAGGGUGUAAACUGGUUCCAUUGGAAGGGCCAUGAGCACUCCAUUGAGUUUGCUGAAAUGAAGAUGAGGCCCGCCAACUUCAGGAAUUUUGAGGGAAGGAGAAAGCGAUCGUAAAUUGGCAGGCUCGACCCCUGACCAGCCCCACCGCCCCCCAGCCGCCCAUUCACCUGCAUCAUCUCAUCCCCUUCAUCUACCAAAGCCACUGCCAGGAGCCAAGCCAGCUCUCUGCACUCUCCUCUUCAUGGAGAACAGAAACAAAACAUUUCUUCUUUCCCCAUUUAAAGCUAAAGACCAUACUCUACAGUGUGUGCACCACUUCCGUUAACACCGAUCUGAGAGUAAACCAGACUCGUAGUGAAGUGUUCAGCUAUACACACUGUGCCUGUACACCACACGCCAAAGACAUACGUCCAUAUAAUAUAAUGCCAGUGGAGGGAUUUUGAGUUUGGCUUGGUGCUUUUCAUUGAAAAAUCAAGAUAUCGUCUCUCUGUAUCUCACAUGCAGUCACAGUGGAUCAGAUCUUGAGAGAGUAGAAUGUCUGUGUGUGGUAUUCUUUGUUUUGGAGUCUCUUCACUAGACUGUAGCUAGCUAGGUGUUUUUAUCCUCUAAAUUCUCAUCUUAAAUGAGAAGAGCACAUUAUGAUUAAAAAGUUUUAUAUGCAGAUAACAAAUGGACUGCAUAAAUAUAUCUAGUGAGGAGGCUCAGAGAAGUUCUGUGUUUUUCUAGGCUGUGACAAAAAUACACAUGCUCUUUGCCUUCUCUUUCCCACAACUCAGUUCUGAAGUGGCACGUGUUAACAUCAGGAACUGAUGUCCUUACAGUACCACUACUGUAAGUGUUCAUUUAUAUGCACCUUUCUUUGUGUUUUCUUUACCCUAUACCUAUAUUGGCAUUCAUUGACACAACAUUGAUUUGUUGCUUUGUAAAACAUUUAAAGAAAGCAAAGGCUGGACCUACAGUCAGAUUCAAGAUAGUCAUUUAUAUGAUGAUUCAUAAUGAAAAAAGUCAAAGAUAAGAGAGAAAAAAUAUACCAGGCUGUUGGUUGUGGUACAUAUCCUAUAGCCAUAUGUGAAAGUCCUGUUAGCAAAAAAUAUUAAUAUACAGAAUAAGUCUUCGUGUUUGCCCCCAUUUACCCUGCUAUCGACUAAACCACUGACCCUAUACGAUACUUGUGUAAAUUAUGUCUUGUUUCGAUAUUUGAUUUUUCUGUUGUUUGUUUGUUUGUUUGUUAAAUGGGUGUACAACAGGUGUUUCUUUGUAACCCCUCUUACAAUAAAACAGAUUUUUGUUUA